UUUCCUUCUUUACAGUUAAUCUUAUAGUCAGCACUUGGAGAAUGCUAGCAUUUAUUAGUUGACAGCGGUGUGUUGGCUAUAGAGUCGUGGUGAGUAAAUAGGACUCACGUGCACAUACCACGCACAUACACUCAAUGGUGAGGCUGUGCAGCUGUAAAGGUGACGGUACACACUAUAAUAAACACAUAAAGGUAGCAGACGACAUUGAAGAUAUUCGAUGGCGGCUGGUUACAUUUCAUAAAGGGGAAAACGCAUGUAGAAGUUUAUGAAUAAAACACUUUAAAUUUCUUUGAGCAGACGAUGGUGUCAAGAUUUCGACUUCAAGUUGUUGAUAAAUGAAGCGGAAUUUCUUUUAGCAGACGACAUGGAAAGAUUUGAACUAUAGGUUGUUGAUAAAUGAAACGCCGUGAAAUUCUUUAAGCAGACGAUGUAACAGCAUUUCUUCACAAGUUUGAGAUUGUCGUUUUCUCACAAUGUGAUUUAGAGAUAUAUUAUUAAUUUUGUUACUUAUUAAAACUCUAUGUGUAUGUGUAUUUUACAUUUUAAAAAAAAGAAAUCGAUCAUAAACAAUUGUGUUUACGUCAAAUUGUGUAUGUGUAGGGUUAGAGAAGAAAAUUGGAAAGGAUGACAACCCCUACGGAGAACCAGCCCUUGCAACUAGACGAAGAAAAACGUUCUCAGUCAUUCGUAUUGGCCAAUAUCAAGACAAUAGCCAGAUGUUUUGGAUUUAUUACUAUAGCAGUGUUAUGGGUGUCAACAGUACUAAUCAUCAAGGACCACAACAACAGUUACGUGGGGUAUUACCUCAUUGGGGUGUCUACACUGGUGACGUUCUUUGAGUUAACCUGGAUAGUGGAUAAGUCGGCGUGCUGUGUGCGCCAAGGAUGUUGUUGUCGUGUGUGGUCAGCUAUAAUGUGGGUGGACAACUGGAGGAAGUUCAUCCUUUAUUUAUUGAUGUCAGUGCCACUGUUUUUAGAAGAUUUUCGCUUGGUGUUUAGCAUUGUCAGUGGUCUUCUGCUAAUGUUUUUAUCCACUUUGUACCUUAUAAAGACCUUCCGAAGCCAUGUUUCAGUUAAAUAUGAGAGAACAGAGAAGCGCUUUGUCUCCACCAAGACACCAGUCAUUCGAAUGGUCACACAUGAGAUGUCCACUCAGACUGACACGCAGCAGUACACAUUGACCUAUGCUACCUCAGAGAUACCAGAGGAUGGUGGUAGUCGAUGAAUCAACUAGACUACUUAUACAAAUGUGUAGGCUAUUAUCUGAAACAGCUAGGAUGCAUAAAUGUUUCAAACAUUUUUAGGCCUAAGUAGUUUCCACUUUUUUUAAGUACUCUCAGAAAUUAAUUUAAAAAGAAGAAUGUGAAAGUUAGUUACUGUCUUCAAUUUUUAUGCAAUUUUUCUUUUUCUAGAUAGUUUUAUGCUGUACGCUCAUUUGAAGUCUGUGCGAUAGAAAAAUAGCAAGUCUUCACCUUUUCCACAUUAUCACACAUGAUGUUGUUUCUAGUACAUGAUAAUCUUCUUUAAAAGAUUUCUGUUUUUCAGUGAAAUUAUGUUAUAAAAUCUACAAGUUAGAUUUGAUGAAAAAUCUUUACUGUUUGAUAUUUGUUUUUAAGUAAGAGAACAACUUGAAUUUCUGAGGGAACAUUUUUUUUCUUUUAAAGUAAGACAGAUUUCUCAGAAAUGCAUAGACUUGUCUGCUGCAUAAGAAUGUUUCAAUACUCAAAAAUUGUUUAGAAUUAAUUAUCUAUUGUUUAAUUUUUAGAUGCAAUUUCAUUGUUUCUAUGAUAUCCCUAAUUCUAUUUCUUUCAGUUAGUGUUGAAAAUUGUAUAUAUGUAUUUGGUUUUGUUUUGCCAUUCUGCCAUGUUUAGCAAUGAAAUAGUUUGAAGAAAUUCUGUGAUUUAUCAAGUGUUGAUCUGAACUGCUGCAGUCAGGGCUAAAAAAAACAACCUUGUUUUCUUAAAUGUGCUGUAAAGUUUAGUUCCCCUUUCAGACCUUGCGAUCUAUAGGGUAGAUGAUGUUAAUGUCAUCUGUAUCUUUGGCCAAUGGUUAAUGAGCAGAGUGUCAUGUGGCCAGCACAAUGACCAACUAUCUUUACUUCCCCCAACUAGUCAGGUACCCAUUAGAAUUGGGUGGAUUCAGGGAUUCCCAAAAAAUCAUGAAAUUUAAAAUCCCAGUCUUCACCAAGAUUUGAAUUCAGAACCCCAGGAUUGGAAGCCAAGUGCUUAACCACUCAGCCACUGUGUCCCCAAAAGUGCUGUGAUGCUGUAUAUAGUUUUUGCAAGUGUGAAAUAGUUGGCCUAUUUCAGCCUUGGAAUAACUAUAAUUCAUUACAUAGAAAUAAGAUGAAAGCUCUGGUCGCAAUGUAAUUGCUCACACUGCUUUACUUCCCUCUCCAUGCAACUCAAUGGAACAUCAAUGGUCAAUACAUAUUGGGAUCUGUGGCUGCCAGGCUGCAGUACUGUGUACCGCAAGCAACCUAUGAGUCACCUGCUCCUGAUUUUUCAUCAGUGUCAACUCUCAAAAUUCCUAUGUUUGGGUAUAGCCACAAGGUUUGGAUUCAGAGUUUUCCUUCUAAUUUGAAAAACUGACAUAAUAAAACUUAAAAUAAGUUACUUUCAGACUUGUAAAAAGAUUUGCAGAUUCUAUUUACCUUCUCAAUGUAUUGAAUGUAACUAAACUUUCUAAACUUAAGGACAUCCACUGAUUCACUGGAGCUCAUCUUCUAAGCAUCACUACUUUAAUGAUUCCAAAAUUUUUUUUUCCCUCUUUGUGCAAUAUAUUUCUGUACCUAGACAUAAUGGUCUCAAAUAAAAUCAUUAUAAAUACUUUUCAUCUUCGCCUAACUUUUUUAAAACUUUUAUUUACAAGAAAGCAUAACAUUGUUAAUUAUUUGCCAGAUCAAUUAUUUUUUAUUUUCUUAUAGCAAAAUAAAAAAUCCUGAUUUUUUAAUUUCCGAUCGUUAUAUAGCAGUUUGCUAAUUCAUUUUUAUUUUGUCUCAUUAAAAUUUGUUCUCUGAUAUAUUUAGUUUUACU